UUCUCGCUUAUUCUUAGCCUCCGCACUAGCUUCUCGCACCGUUUGUGAUUUUUGCAAAAGUUUCGAUUCGAAAUUUUUCAAACUUUCACGACAAAUUCUUCGACGACAACGAUUGUAAUUCGAAUCACCAGGUCAGUAAUUCAUCAAUAUCUUGGUUCCUAUCGGCAUUACGAUUGAGCAUCAAGAACGAAAUCGAUACCAGAAUAUGCGAAGGAAGAAAGUUGUCGAGCAAAAAAAGAUUGGGAAUAGUUGCGCAGUGGAUAAUUGAGAUGGAGUUCAAACCCUUCUUCGAUCGACUGCACACCAUAUUACAUGUCACUACUUGUUUUCGCACAUCUCUUCUGGCAAUACCUCUCUUCGCAUUACUGGUCGCGCAUCCAAUUCUUUGAUACGACAUUUCGAAUGCCUCCACUGAGAUUAAUUCUUCCUUGUCUUGGAUCAAAAUUGGCUAAUUAUUAUUCAUACCACAGAAUUAGCAAUCAUGGGUAUCAGCCGUGACAGCAGACAUAAACGCUCCGCCUCUGGCGCCAAGCGAUCCCAUUACCGUGCGUAGUAGAUAGCCCAUAUAUCUUUAUUGAUAUAUGUUCCGACCUGAAAACUAAGACUUUUACAGGGAAGAAGCGCGCUUUCGAAGCCGGAAGACAAGAAGCAGGUACCCGUAUUGGAACUAAGAGAAUCCAUCUCGUCCGUACCCGUGGUGGUAACCGCAAGUUCCGUGCCCUCCGUCUCGAAGCUGGUAACUUCUCAUGGGCCUCUGAGGGUGUUGCCCGCAAGGUCCGUGUGAUUGUUGUCGCUUUCCAUCCUUCCAACAACGAGUUGGUCCGAACCAACACUCUCACCAAAUCCGCCAUUGUUCAAGUCGAUGCUGCUCCAUUCAGACAAUGGUACGAGGCACACUACGGUCAAAACUUGGGCCGAAGACGUCAACAAAAGGCAGGUCAAGCUGUUGAGGAGCCAGAUACCAAGAAGAGCAAGUCCAUCGAGAAGAAGCACCACGAGAGAUUCGCUGCUGCAGGAAAGGUUGAUCCCGCUUUGGAGAAGCAAUUCGAGGCUGGUCGUCUUUACGCCGCAGUCUCAUCCAGACCCGGACAAUCUGGACGUGUUGAUGGUUAUAUUUUGGAGGGUGAGGAGUUGGCUUUCUACCAACGCCAAUUGAGAAAGUAAAUCAUCUUCUAUGGGAUUUGGGAUGGGUUGUAUUUCAUUGGGAAUCAUGGCAUGGAGUUCCUGAUAAUGAAUCAUGUGAAAAAUGGUUCUCUUCAAUAGUCUACGAAUUCAAAAGCAAUAAGAAUACUCCCUUUGCCAGUUUAUUAUAUGUUCAAUCACAUGAGUAUUAAUUUGGAUUUGUGUGG